AUGGUUCGCCUGGCGGCCGAGCUGCUGCUGCUGCUGGGGCUGCUGCUGCUAACGCUGCACAUAACGGUGUUGCGCGGUACGGGAGCCGCCGACGGGCCGGACGCGGCAACGGGCAACGCAAGCCGGACCCAGCUGCAGAAUAACCUCAACGUGGAAAGUGACUCUACAUCAGAAAGCAGCUCUCCUUUCUCCAGAGAGGUACCAGGGGAGCAUCCGGACCACCAGGCUGCACACCAGCCCCUCCCCAGACAGCGAUUCCAGCAAGAGGCUGGGCACCCUUCAUUGCAAAGAGAUGGUCCAAAAUCUUUUCUCCUGGAUCUACCAAACUUCCCAGAUCUUUCCAAAGCUGAUAUCAAUGGACAGAAUCCAAAUAUCCAGGUCACCAUAGAGGUGGUGGACGGUCCUGACUCUGAAGCAGAUAAAGAUCAGCAUCCGGAGAAUAAGCCCAGCUGGUCAGUCCCAUCCCCCGACUGGCGGGCCUGGUGGCAGAGGUCCUUGUCCUUGUCAAGGGCCAACAGCGGGGACCAGGACUACAAGUACGACAGUACCUCAGAUGACAGCAACUUCCUCAACCCCCUCCGGGGAUGGGACCGUCCGGCCCCAGGCCACCGCACUUUUGAAACCAAAGAGCAGCCAGAAUAUGAUUCCACAGAUGGGGAGGGUGACUGGAGUCUCUGGUCUGUCUGCAGCGUCACCUGUGGGAAUGGCAACCAGAAGCGGACCAGGUCUUGUGGUUACGCAUGCACCGCAACGGAGUCUAGGACCUGUGACCGCCCAAACUGCCCAGGAAUUGAAGACACCUUCAGGACAGCUGCCACUGAAGUAAGUCUGCUUGCAGGAAGCGAGGAGUUUAAUGCCACCAAGCUGUUUGAAGUUGACACAGACAGCUGUGAGCGAUGGAUGAGCUGCAAAAGUGAGUUCUUAAAGAAGUACAUGCACAAGGUUAUCAAUGACCUGCCCAGCUGCCCCUGCUCCUACCCUACAGAGGUGGCCUACAGCACAGCAGACAUCUUCGAUCGCAUCAAGCGCAAGGAAUUCCGCUGGAAGGAUGCCAGCGGGCCCAAGGAGAAGCUGGAGAUCUACAAGCCCACUGCCCGGUACUGCAUUCGCUCCAUGCUGUCCCUGGAGAGCACCACGCUAGCUGCCCAGCACUGUUGCUAUGGCGACAACAUGCAGCUCAUCACCAGGGGCAAAGGGGCGGGGACACCUAACCUCAUCAGCACUGAGUUCUCAGCAGAGCUCCACUAUAAGGUGGAUGUCCUGCCCUGGAUAAUCUGCAAGGGCGACUGGAGCAGGUAUAAUGAAGCCCGGCCUCCCAACAAUGGACAGAAAUGCACAGAGAGCCCCUCGGACGAAGAUUACAUCAAGCAGUUCCAAGAGGCCAGGGAGUAUUAAAGAGAGACCACCUCUGGUCUUUGUGACAUGAAUGCACUACACUGAUCUGCCGCCUCUUAUCAGCAUUGUGUGUGUUUGCAUAUGCCACAUGAGUAUUUUUCAUAAGUUACAUUACAGGUGUGUGCCAGGCCUGGAGACUACCAUCUGAAGCCACCCUUGCCAUCUACAAUUCCCACAGACCUCCUUGGAACUCCUCCUUGGGAUAUGUGGGAAAGAGGAUGAGGACAAAGAAGCCAGAAGAACCUGGAAACCAUAGAGGGUGGGAUUCAAUUCACACCUAGAUCCAGUGUUUCCUAAAGAAGCAAAGGGGAAAAGAGACUGAAGUUGUAAACAUUAUAAGUUUUUAUAUAUAACUUAUUUAAUAUGAAUGUGACUUAAGCGUAACCUUUUCUCUGGAGUUGUCAUCAUGAAACUGUUUUAUCACUUCUGUGAGAGUUCAGACAGGGCUUAGGAGGUGGAAGAGAAAGGGAAUUCAUAAUGACUUUUUAAAAAAAAGUAACUCAAUAGAAGUAUAUCAAAACAAGAAAACACUCACCUUAAACCAAAUAUUGUUUAGUCAUGAGGCACCUUGCUGAAGUC